AUGACCCGAGGGCCCAUCAUUGUUUGCCAGCUGACCCGUGCUGAACCCCCUCUUUAUUUGAGAUGGAUUGGUCAAUCGAUCCUGGAGGGGAACAAGCUGAGAGAAAACCUUGCAAAAUCCAUUGUUGAACAUGUGGUCCUUGUCGUUGACGUGCUUGGGCUAUGGAGGUAUCUCAGCAAAUUUGGAUACGAAACAGGUACUGGCAGUUUCAACUUCCGAUUCCAGUUAGCUGCGCCCAAAAGCAUCCCCGAACCUGCCGUUCUGCAGCUCGAGGUGUAUUUGGACGAGCAUUGGCCAGAUGUGGAGGCAGAACCUAAUUUUUGCGAACGGCAGAAGCGGGCAAAGCAGGUUCGAAACAUCUCCAUCGGGCCUGGCUCCAAUUGGACGGAAUGGUCUCAAGGCACAUUGAGCCAGAACAUCCGUCCUCACAUUUGGUAUUUCGUUUUAUCGGAUUGUCAGCAGUCGUUAGCCAACUUCACGCAUAGGCUCAAAUUUGAGUUCCACGCGCAACAGCCGAAUGGGUCUGAGUUCAGCGUUGAGAUGCGUUGGAUGUUGCUGGCCAAUGUGCUGUUUCUAGCUUCUUUUAUCGUUUUUCUGCACUGGUUCACAAAGAGGACCCUUGCAUUUGGCAAGAGCGCAGGGUAUGUGCAUCCCGUGAUCUGGACUUUAGCUGCUGGAAUGAUCACCCAGUUCAUUGCUCAGACGAUGCACACCAUCCACUUGCUCGCCUACAAGUAUGACGGGGAUGGCCUCAAAGCGUGUGAAGUCCUCUCCGAGAUUCUUUUCAUGUUGGCGCAGGUGAUUCAAACCUCCUUGCUGAUUUUGAUAGCGCUUGGCUAUACGCUCCUACAGUCCAAGAUUGGGGAGCUGGACUUGAUGAUUCCUAUGUGCUUCAUGAUUGGAGUCAUUCACAUCAUGCUGGUAGGGUUUGGCAAGAUCAAGGAUGAUGCCUCCUACAAGUACCAUGAGAACGAGGGGGUGAUUGGUUGGAUAUUGCUGUCAUUAAGGUUGGGCCUCUAUGGCUGGUUCCUUUGGGCCGUGCAGUCUUCUGCCCGUGAGGGUGGCUUUAAAAUUGCGAACUUCCUGCGGCAGUUCCGAAUCGCCGGCUCGCUUUACUUUCUUGCGUUUCCAGCCAUUUUCUUAGUCACACAACUUUUUGCUCAGUACUUGCAGCACAGCGUCAUGACAAUAGGUCAGAUGGUCAUGCAGACCGGAUUCAAUCUCUGGCUUUCCUCCCUGUUCUUGACCAGAGGGGAGUACUUCAAGGCGCAUACCCUUCGCAGAGGCAAUGCUCUGGUGCUCCUGCAGGCGGUGAUGUGUGUGUGUGUGUUGUUCAGUAGGUUGCUGUCAACUUGGAUGGGAUGUGAGAUGCUUUGGGUUCCUUCGCUGCGGAUGUGGCUCAAGACAAUGCUUGGAGACAGAGCUAGAGCCUGUCUCCGAUUCAAUUCCGCAGUAUAG